GCAGUUGUCAAAGUUGUCAUGGCAACGGGACCUUCAGCCUGUUGGUGUCCAGCCCCAGCGCAUCUCGCCCGUGAUCGAACUCGACGCGGUGAUGGACAUCGCCUCCGGUUUAAGCAGCGUCUCUUUUGAGAGCGGACUAACGGAGGAUGAGAAAAAGUUGGCUCACCUCCGCGCGCGCUCCGCCGGACUGACUUUCUGCGGGUGCGCGCACGCAGCGUACUUGUGCAGCCUCCUCCACUCGCUGAGAUGCGCCAUCAGUCGUCACUCGGCAGCGGAAGACGCGCAGCUCCGCGUGGGGAUCCUCGGGAUGGGUCACAUGGGGAAACAGCUGCUCCUCUCCAUCCUGGAAGUGGUUCCGAUCCAACCAUCAAACAUUAAAGUCUCCACGAGACGACCAGAGUCUGCAGUGGAGUUUGCGCAGAUGGGGGUUGAGUGUUUCUUUGACAGUGGCAGACUGGCGGCGUGGGCCGACGUCCUGUUCCUCUGCUGCCUGCCCUCCCACCUGCCCACCGCCUGCGCUGGCCUCCGCUCCCACCUGCCCCGGCGCUGCCUCGUCUCCACCUUCGUCAGCGCGGUGCCCGUCACCAGACUAAAUAAGCUUCUCGGCCACGACUUCGUCCUAAAACCAGAGUACAGCUUCACGGAUGGUGAUGCUGCGGGCGUGUGGCUGCCCUGCACCCGUGUGACUGCAGCUUUGAGGGAUCCUGUGCUGAUAGAGGCCUCGUGUCCUCUCGCAGCGAGCGGCGGCGUUUCCCUGGGCCUGACCUGGGUGUGUGCAGUGCUGUACAGCCUGUUGAACGUGUGCACCUCGGCCGGCGUCGGGUCCAGCGACGCCUUGUCUCUCGUCGGCGGCCUCUUUGAAGACGAAUGCAAACGCAGCUUGCAUUUAAUUCCUCAACAUUUCAUCAGUUCCUCGUGUGCAUCAUCACUGGCUACAGAUAAGUCUUUUCCGUGGAUCUCUCUCACCGAUGCACAGACCAAGGACACGCCACUGCUGCGCGCUCUGUCAGACAAUGAAUCUAUGCAGCGGUGUAUCUGUGCAGCAUACAAAUCACUGCUGACACCGGGAAAACUAUCCUCCAGUGACAGCAAACGUCCACAUGCUAAAUUAAAGCAUGUGAACACAUAGUACUUCUAUAUAUGAGGCUAUACAUUUCAAUAAAACCCGAUUCAGCUGUU